CUCCGUCGAGCUGCAUUUGCCCGCGGAGUACACUUUCUCCCGCCCACGCGAGAUUACAGCGCGCGAAUCCAAUCGAAUUUUCCCGCGAGUCACUCGAUCUCCAGGUUAUCCUCUAUCUUUCUCUCUCUUUUUCCCCCAUCUAUCCAUCUUUCUCUUUCCCUCUCGAGAGAUCGUCAAAUCCUUAUUACACAAGUACAUGUGCAAACAACAACGAUACCCUUGAAUCACUUCCACCGGUUGUACACUCGAUAUCCGCGAUCUCUACUAAACUCGUAUUCUUUGAUCGUUGAUUUACGCACCGAUUUAAUCAACCUCGAGGAUCGAGCUUCCGUGCACUUCUGACGCUCAGGUUCCUCGUGUCUAGCUGGUGCAUCUUUCGUGAACGUAAAAAACGGAGACUUCUCUUCCCUCUAGUUAUCGUCUUGUGUCUUUUUAAUGGUUGUGGCGUCCAGGAACGGUUUACGGCGACUUUCAUUGUCUUUUAUAUGACUUUUCUCUCUCGGGCGUGCUUGGAUUUCAUCAGGAUGGUAACUCCUAUCUACCAGCGCCAAGUUGUGGUCAAGGCGUUCAUCCCCUGGUCCGGACGAAUUUUGCCUUUCGACGGAUCUUCAUUGUCCGGAGCAGUCCCUUUUUUUCUUUAAAGAAUCCUCAUCCUCAUUCUUAUCAAGUGUGAAGAAGCCUCCAGGCACUACGAACCCAAGAAAGGGAAUAGUACCAGAAAACUUGAAACUGUCCUCCUUUUCCUGCAAGUGAAACUUUGCUCGUUGGUAGCAGUGCUUUGUACGAGAUUACAUCGUUUCGUUCUCUUAAUUAGAUCGUGAUUUUCUCGUGCAACACUUUUAAUCUGAAUCCGAAUGUAUCAAGUUCUUUGUUCGCUGAAAUAAAGAGGCGAAGCAGAGACACCGAAAAUCUACUGGAAGCUGCUCAUCCAUUAACGCGAUGCACGUGCUUCUUUCUCGAUUUACCAAAGGCUUCGCGGGCUUUAAACGCGGAAAAAGAAUUACGCUUCCGACGCAAUGCUUUCGCGACUUCGUAAAAGGCUCCUGGAGGACGUUUGCGGAAUAGAUUUCCCUUUCCUUUCGGUUCGUUAUUAUCGAGUAGCGGGAUAAAAGGGUCCACAACGUUUCUCUCGUUAUCCUGCUUCUCACGUUACGUUACAAAAUUCAAUUUUAUAUCAAUUUUAAUUCUUUUUUGUUCAAUUUAUAACAUCAGCUGCAAGAAUAUUUCAACCCUCUGCUCUCCUGUGUCGAAUUUGACUCGACAUUUUUUCAAGUCCAAACCAAAGAGAUAUACAUACACUUGAAAAAUUCUUUUUCGUUAAAUUUAUAUUCAGCUGCAAGAAAAUUUCAUACUAUCUGCUCUCCUGUGUCGAAUUUGACUUGAUAUGAGUUUCUAUCUCAGAAACUCCUUUUUCAAGUCCAAACCAAAGAGAUAUACACUUGAAAAAUUCUUUUUCGUUAAAUUUAUAACUUCAGCUGCAAGAAUAUUUCAACCCUCUGCUCUCCUGUGUCGAAUUUGACUCGACAUUUUUUCAAGUCCAAACCAAAGAGGUAUACAUACACUUGAAACAUUCUUUUUCGUUAAAUUUAUAUUCAGCUGCAAGAAAAUUUCAUACUAUCUGCUCUCCUGUGUCGAAUUUGACUUGAUAUGAGUUUCUAUCUCAGAAACUCCUUUUUCAAGUCCAAACCAAAGAGAUAUACACUUGAAAAAUUCUUUUUCGUUAAAUUUAUAACUUCAGCUGCAAGAAUAUUUCAACCCUCUGCUCUCCUGUGUCGAAUUUGACUCGACAUUUUUUCAAGUCCAAACCAAAGAGGUAUACAUACACUUGAAACAUUCUUUUUCGUUAAAUUUAUAUUCAGCUGCAAGACAAUUUCAAACUAUCUGCUCUCCUGUGUCGAAUUUGACUUGAUAUGAGUUUCUAUCUCAGAAACUCCUUUUUCAAGUCCAAACCAAAGAGAUAUACACUUGAAAAAUUCUUUUUCGUUAAAUUUAUAACUUCAGCUGCAAGAAUAUUUCAACCCUCUGCUCUCCUGUGUCGAAUUUGACUCGACAUUUUUUCAAGUCCAAACCAAAGAGGUAUACAUACACUUGAAACAUUCUUUUUCGUUAAAUUUAUAUUCAGCUGCAAGAAAAUUUCAUACUAUCUGCUCUCCUGUGUCGAAUUUGACUUGAUAUGAGUUUCUAUCUCAGAAACUCCUUUUUCAAGUCCAAACCAAAGAGAUAUACACUUGAAAAAUUCUUUUUCGUUAAAUUUAUAACUUCAGCUGCAAGAAUAUUUCAACCCUCUGCUCUCCUGUGUCGAAUUUGACUCGACAUUUUUUCAAGUCCAAACCAAAGAGGUAUACAUACACUUGAAACAUUCUUUUUCGUUAAAUUUAUAUUCAGCUGCAAGACAAUUUCAAACUAUCUGCUCUCCUGUGUCGAAUUUGACUUGAUAUGAGCUUUUAUCUCAGAAACUCCUUUUUCAAGUCCAAACCAAAGAGAUAUACACUUGAAAAAUUCUUUUUCGUUAAAUUUAUAACUUCAGCUGCAAGAAUAUUUCAACCCUCUGCUCUCCUGUGUCGAAUUUGACUCGACAUUUUUUCAAGUCCAAACCAAAGAGAUAUACAUACACUUGAAACAUUCUUUUUCGUUAAAUUUAUAUUCAGCUGCAAGAAAAUUUCAAACUAUCUGCUCUCCUGUGUCGAAUUUGACUUGAUAUGAGUUUUUAUCUCAGAAACUCCUUUUUCAAGUCCAAACCAAAGAGAUAUACACUUGAAAAAUUCUUUUUCGUUAAAUUUAUAACUUCAGCUGCAAGAAUAUUUUAACCCUCUGCUCUCCUGUGUCGAAUUUGACUCGACAUUUUUUCAAGUCCAAACCAAAGAGAUAUACAUACACUUGAAACAUUCUUUUUCGUUAAAUUUAUAUUCAGCUGCAAGAAAAUUUCAAUCUAUCUGCUCUCCUGCGUCGAAUUUGACUUGAUAUGAGUUUUUAUCUCAGAAACUCCUUUUUCAAGUCCAAACCAAAGAGAUAUACACUUGAAACAUUCUUUUUCGUUAAAUUUAUAUUCAGCUGCAAGACAAUUUCAAACUAUCUGCUCUCCAGUGUCGAAUUUGACUUGAUAUGAGUUUUUAUCUCAGAAACUCCCUUUUCAAGACCAAACCAAAGAGAUAUACACUUGAAAAAUUCUUUUUCGUUAAAUUUAUAUUCAGCUGCAAGAAAAUUUCAAUCUAUCUGCUCUCCUGCGUCGAAUUUGACUUGAUAUGAGUUUUUAUCUCAGAAACUCCUUUUUCAAGACCAAAUCAAAGAAAUAUACAUUUGAAAAUUACAAAAUAUAAUAAUCUUUAAUUAACAUAAAUUUCAAAUAGAACACUUGAAAGCAUUGAAAUGCAGCUGAUAACAAAAUUGAAAUAUAAUUCGAAGUGCAAAGGGUUAAUAAUCCGCCUUGAAUUUGAGUCUAGUUUGCUUCUAUCUCGAAUAUCUUUUUGCAACGAUCGAAUAGUACGAGUAAUCCAAUUUGCAAAAAAAAAAUCUCGCCAAGGGUGGAAGGGAAUUCAAGGGUGUCGAUUGUAAACGACGUCGACUGAUUCGUCCGGCGUGAAAAGUCGCUUUUGGGGAUCCAGCGAGCCGGAAGUUCCUUUCCUCGAGCUGUCAAAGGCCUCUCGUACCCCUUUAAUCGGCGCGAAGGGGGUGGAAAAUCGACUCUUUGAUUUAAUUCUCGCUUUCAGGCCGGUGAAAGUGUCCCCGAAAAUGGAAGACGGGGGAAACGUGAAAUUAUUCUCGAUUUUGGUGCUAUUAACGCUGUAUCGUUCUUUGCCCCAUUGACAGAGCGGACGGAGUGGACCAUCCACAUAAAUAAAUGCGAGAUCUUUGCAGAUGCGCGCGACAGCUGUCGAUCCUGCGUCGAUCACGUGCAUCUCGAGCGGGCUAAUGCCACUAUCGACGAUUUCUCGGUAUAAUUAACAUACUUUCUGUUGAUCAGACGGCGGCUGACAUCGCGGGGAUCCCGAUCUACGUAACCAGCAGCGGAUAUCGAUUCAAUAUCGAUCGGAUAUAUCGUUUCUCAUCGUUUGACGAACAUUUCGCUCCGCCAGGGCUUCAUUUUUUCUCACGUACAGGUCUCCCCCUCUGUUUUUCCCCCUCGAUCUCUGGUAAACACGUGAAAUUCAUACACCCUACCCCCUACCGGUAGCCCGCUCCUACGACAGAUGCGCACAACGUUUGGAAAUAAUUUGUGCGAGACCGAACGUGCGGGAUCAGAGUUCGAUCGAAGUUGGAAAGUUUCGUGAUGCAGUGAUCCGAGGAGACCGUGACACGCCGACUCUCAGCCGCACCAGAGAGAAUGGACAAGGACAGGCAUGCGCAAGUUGCAUCUCCGCCGGAUCGAAGAGUCACGAGAGACGAUAUUGCAGUGUCCUCGCCCGGUGCAUCACCGAACGUUAAUGCACCAACGAGCUGCACUGGUACAACAUCGUCUCUGCCCCACAAUCCCUCCUCGCCCGGUCGGAAUGGCCAGUUACCGAAACAAGGCACGCUAACGAUAGUACGACGAAGUUCUGGCAAAAAUAAAAGUAUCGGCGGAAGUUUCGAAAGUUCCCCGCCGCCGCACAGCCCCGACACUCUUUCAUCGAGCCAGUCCGUGGAUCUCGACGAGAUCCUCGAUAAUGUCGAUUUGACGACAGACUCGCUUCCUGCCGUUGACACCCCCGAUGCCUGCGACAAAGCUGCCCUCAGACUGAGAUGUCUAUUGAGGCAGCUUCAACAUGGCGAAAUAUCGGCAGAAUUGCUCCAACGAAACUUAUACUAUGCAGCACGCGUCCUCGAAGCAGUCUUCCUCGACGAGACCAAGGUGAAUUCAGGCGGGGCUGAGUGCUCUCGGUCAUCGCGUAGGGGUGCGGGCCUAUCAUCUGCAUCCUUCGGAAGCGCCUUGGACUCGGAUGGACCACAGGGCCACGCGGUGGUAACCCAGAAACGGAAGCUUCGCACCCCCGUAUGGGCAAGAGAUGCGGAGCGUGUGGAGUCAGCCGCUACUUGUCGUCAGGGUGUACGCCGUAGGCGGCUGGCGGACGAGGACGACGAACUGUCGGAGGUACAGCCAGACGCUGUGCCACCGGAAGUACGCGAAUGGCUCGCCUCGACCUUCACCAGGCAGCUCGCGACCACCAGACGGAAGGCGGACGAGAAGCCCAAGUUCCGCUCGGUGGCGCACGCCAUUAGGGCGGGGAUCUUCGUCGAUCGGAUCUACAGGCGGGUCACCAACACCGCGUUGAUGCAGUUCCCCCAGGAAGUGGUCAAAGUACUCAAGACCCUGGACGACUGGUCGUUCGAUGUGUUCUCGUUAAGCGAAGCGGCGAUGGGGACUCCGGUGAAGUACCUCGGUUACGAUUUACUCAACCGAUACGGCAUGAUACACAAAUUCAAAGUGCCCCCCGCGGUGUUGGAGUGCUUUUUGGGGAGGGUCGAGGAGGGUUACUGCAGGCAUCGGAACCCUUACCACAACAAUCUGCAUGCGGCAGACGUCGCGCAGACUAUGCACUAUAUUCUCUGUCAAACAGGACUGAUGAAUUGGCUGACCGACCUGGAGAUUUUCGCCACUCUGGUGGCGGCCAUUAUUCACGAUUACGAGCACACUGGGACCACAAACAAUUUCCACGUAAUGUCCGGCAGCGAUACAGCUCUCCUCUACAACGAUCGCGCUGUCCUGGAAAAUCACCACAUCUCCGCGAGCUUCCGAAUAUUGAGGGAGGAUGAGUGCAACAUACUGCAAAAUCUGUCGAGAGAGGAGUUCCGUGAGUUCCGCUCGCUGGUCAUCGACAUGGUUCUUGCAACUGACAUGAGCUUUCAUUUCCAACAACUGAAGAAUAUGAAGAACAUUCUGAGCCUGGCGGAGCCCAGCGUCGACAAAAGCAAGGCCGUCAGCCUCGUCCUCCAUUGCUGCGACAUCUCUCAUCCAGCCAAAAGAUGGGAUCUUCAUCACAGAUGGACAAUGCAGCUUCUGGAAGAGUUCUUCCGUCAGGGGGACAAGGAAAGGGCCAUGGGAUUACCAUUUUCCCCGUUGUGCGACCGUAACAAUACCCUGGUGGCUGAGUCGCAAAUAGGAUUCAUAGAGUUCAUCGUAGAGCCCAGCAUGCAAGUCUGCAGCGAUAUGUUGGAGACGGUUCUCACGCCGUUAAAUACAAAGGAGAGCGUCGACGAAUCCAACAACGGGUCGAGCGCGGAGGCCAGGAGGUUCAAGAUUGGAAAGCCCUGGAUCCCUUGUCUCGCGGAGAAUAAGGGCAUCUGGAAGGAACAAGCCGUUCGAGAUGCGGAAGCGAGAGCACAAAAGGAACAGGAGCAGAAGGCGAGCGACAGCCGCGAGGAUAGCGACACGGUGCAACAAGCUGCACCCGAGGAAUGAAAAAUCCGGAGAGCCGUCUUGUUUUUCAAGAACAUAUGUAAGUUUAGGCUACGAGGAGGCUCGUGAACGCGUUGGAUGUCACGCGCCGCGAAAAUGGCCGCUCGAGCGAACGUCAGUGGUCAGGCUUAUCAUUAAGAAUACCUCCGCAACUUAUUUAUACUGUUUACCACGACUUUGUUCCAUCGUCUGACGUUCCAUUGAUCUCGUUAUUACGACUGCUCCCGCCUUUGUGUCACUUGAUCCUUCGAAUCGAUGUCGCGUGUCCAGAAACCGACAGGAAACGUUUAUUUUCGACAUUUCCAAUUAUCCGGCGGUCGUACAACGUUUACCAAUUGUACAUACAGGCUUUACAGAACUUUCUUAUGCUCCGUUCCUACAGGUAUCGCGUUCAUUUCCAACGAGCUACUAAAUGGACGCCUUAAUUGCGAUGAGAAAGCGCGCGCGGUUUAAAAAUUGACCAACGAACGAAUGAAUUAAUUUAAACAUUUGGAAAUAUACACUCUACGAAUUUUCAUAACUUUCGUGUUCGAAACCCACUAACCUCACCCAUGUAUUUCGAAUUUGCAAAAAUGCAAUUUUUAAUUAAAUUUUCCCAACAAUUUAGUGAAUUACAUAAUUUUCAAUGCACUUGUUAGUAAACCAUUGAAAUUUGUAAUUAAUUUUGAGUUAAUUCAAUUUUGCUUGACUAAUGAUCCUUGAAAAUUUAAUUUUUAGUGAAAUUUUAGAUCAAAAUGAUAUUUGGCUUUGGACACUGAUUUAACAAUUCCCAAAAAUGGCUUCUGGAUCGAAUAGUUAGUAAAAGAGUCGUUUCAAAUAUUUACAAUUUCCAAUUUAAUAUAAUAACAGCCAUGUAUUUCGAAUUAAUUAUUUCCUGCGAAGAAUGAAGCAACAGUAAAGAAAAAUGCAAUUUUCGAUUAAAUUUUCCCAACAAUUUAGUGAAUUACAUAAUUUUCAAUGCACUUGUUAGUAAACCAUUGAAAUUUGUAAUUAAUUUUGAGUUAGUUCAAUUUUGAUUCACUAAUGAUCCUUGAAAAUUUAAUUUUUAGUGAAAUUUUAGAUCAAAAUGAUAUUUGGCUUUGGACACUGAUUUGACAAUUCCCAAAAAUGGCUUCAGGAUCGAAUAGAUAGUAAAAGAGUCGUUUCAAAUAUUUACAAUUUACACUUUAAUAUAAUAACAGCCUUUCAAGGGCUGUGAACCAUAAUUGCAUAAAUUUUUACUAUUUUUUUUUAUUUUCUUAUUGAAGUCAGUGCUUAAUAUUAAUUACAUAGAAUUUUUACUCUC